AUGGAGCAAAUUCUGACAUUAUAUCAUUCGACAGAAUCUCGGCUAACCAGUUCGAUUGUGAUUGAUCUUGUAAAGCGGGCGACUGGUAAUCGGUCGAUAUAUGGGUUUGCUGAAUUUUACGAGCCUUUGCGUGCGCGGACUGGAGUACUUUCACAAGCCAAUGCAUUAAGUGAAGCUGCAGAAGCCUGGGUAGAUGUUCUUGAAGUUUUUACUUAUGGGACAUGGAAAGAUUAUGUUGGUCUUGGGUAUCGGGCGCCAGAACUGAAUGAGGCACAAAUUACAAAACUGCGGCAACUGACAUUGGUAAGUUUAGCUGGGAGAAGCGCACGGCUUGGGUUUGAUGAGAUUGUGGAGGCCACUGGGGUGGAGGUUGGACAGGUGGAAGGGUUAGUUGUGGAUGCAGUGUAUGCAGAUUUGUUAGAUGCACGGGUGGAUACCAAGGAGCAAGCGGUUGUUGUUGCACGGGCGGUUGGUCGGGACGCGAAUAAAGAGCGGUUGGCUGAGCUUGGGCGGGUGCUUGGAUCCUGGGAAGGGUUAGCUGUGGGGUUGAUUCGCGAAACAAGUCAAAGGGUUUAA